AUGGCAGAGGGCCAGUCUCAGACCCUUGAGAGGGCCUUGGUGAGCCCAUUUUACCCUGCCUUGAGUGUCGGCGUGGCUACAGGGGCCCUUGGUGUUGCAUAUGGAGGGAUAGUCUCAGUCUUGAUUCAGUCGCCGCGGCCAAAAACUUACACGACCUUGACCGGGAUACAAUGGUUCUGCGGAGGAACGGCCUUUUUCUGUCCGUUCCCUACUUAUGUACUCCGAAACAAAUCUGACUUCUUCCCAGACUGUCGUAAUGCGCUUCUUGCAGGCCCCUUGUCUCGGGAUCGAGGGAUCGAGCGAAUCGCUGCAAGCGGUCUUGCGGGAGCUUGUACCGGGGCAGUGGUUUCAGCUUUUUUGCCCCGAGGCAGCAUUAUUCCAGGAAGCAUUAUGCUAGGAGUUUUUGCGGCCGCCUCCCAAGCGGUCGUCAACACCAUGGACGACUCUACGCCAGACCAAAGUGUGUCUUCGGGCUGGAAACAGAAGCUGGCAGGCCUGAUGCCGAUGAAGUCCCUGACAGACGAGGAGUAUGGAAGCCUCCUGCAGGAGAAGCUUCUCAAACUGGACGUGGAAAUUGCAAUCCUGGAUGAUCAGAUCGCGAAUCUUAAAGCAGCGAGCCAGCAGCAAGCGCAGAGCCAAUCAGGGACCCCAAAGGAUGCAACAACUUGA